AUUGCAACAGCGUGUUACCGUUGCGUUUGGACUUGUCGAGAUGGUGUCUGACUCGAAGCUCAGUCGCACCAUUUCCAAAUCAUAUCUUCAUGCUGCAGAGUAACCAGAAGCAACAUACGCGAAAUCUUUGUGUCUACGGAAUCGGUCCUGCGUUCCUGGGCUAUGAAUUUGCUGGUGUCCGUCAUGACUUUCCGGUCUUUCAUCGAUUCAGUUAUGGUAACGUCGAUUUACUUGGUCUUCCAUCGACUUGCCUUCUGUAAGGUCUGAUCCACUGAGUGCCUUGAGUGACCAUGAAGAGAGAAGUGCAGUCGUAGUGGGUAGAAUGGGAGGGGUAACGUAAAUAAUACGCGAGCCUUGUAGCUCACACUCA